AUGGCUAAGCAAUGUUCUCUCCUCACGACCACCCUCAGUCGUAUAUCCGCUACCCCCAAGGUCCUCUGCUUCCUGUUCUUCCCUUAUGCCUCAGGCAAUCGGUUUCCCCUCCUGAUUCUGGCCGCAAUCUCGGUGCACCCAGCAGUUGUUCCUAUUGGUAUGUCAUAUCCUGUGGCAUCGUCAAUCCCCUGGCAGAAACGGACUAAUGGCUAA